AUGGGUGUUUUCAUGGAGAUAGAUGUCCGGGAUUGCACCCUCAGGGACUCAGUGGACCGCCGUAUUGAGGAGGCGCAUCUCGAGGAGAACUUGUCGGCGACCAGCAAUGCCCAGGGCAAUCUUGCAGCUGCCCGAGAGCACUCCAGGUCCCUCCAGAUAGAGCUACAUACUGCGCGGGAGGCCCUCAAGAGGGCUGAUGGGAGGACAGCUGAGGUAGAAAAUCAGCGUUACGAGGCUUUAAAGCAGCUGUCCUCCUUGGAGGAGAUCCGGCGAGAAAGGGAUGAGGCCAUGAGCCAGAAGGAGAGGGUCCAGCACCAGCACGAGCUGUUGAAGAUAGAUUUUGAUGCCGUACAGGCUCAAAAGGAGGAAGCCCUAGCUCGGGUCGUGGUUCUGGAGCAAGAGCUGAGCAAGCAAGCUGACAGCAUUAAAGGCUUGACCUUGGCGGCAGAGGAGUCCAAACUUCAGAAUCAACAACUCUGCCAACAAGUCAAUGCUUUGGAGAAGAGGUGCUCAGCCUUGCUCGAAGAUGCCAAGCUGGCUGAGGAUAGAGUCCAGCUGGAGUGCGAGGAGCGUCUAAGGGAGUAUAAGGAGUUGGCCGAGCUAAAAAAGGAGAUUCAGCAGGCCUGUGAAGCUUAUCUUCAAGAUUAUAAGGACUCUUUGGAGCUGAAAACCAAGAUAGCUGAGGCCUGCGAGGAGCGACUUGCGGAAUUCAAAGGCUCUGGCGAGAUGAAGACUGUUGUAUGGAAUAAGAGCUUCCGCAUGUUUGUCUCUGGAUACAAUCGAGGCCUGAGGACUGCCAGAUAUGCCCCCUCCACCCCGUUGGCUGAACUCCGAGCUUCUGAGGAGGACUUUGAUGGUGAGGAGGUGCUAUACGAGGAGGAUGACAGACCCCUACCCAAAGGAGCCCCUCGCACCGCAGCUGGGCCUUCUCAUGAGGAUGCCGAGCUAGGAGAAGGGGGGUGA